GGAAACAUCAAGGUAGAUUCUCACCAGGAUAUAUAUCGUCUUUCAAUAAACCUCAGCCUGAAAAGCUCGGUCCAAAAGGUUAUGGCAUCACCAACGAUUGCCCCACCUGGAGAGGUCAUCGUAGAGAAUAAGAACAGAUCACACCUUCAAACGAUUCUCCAGCUCUCGGGGACGUUAAAAUCCCCUAACCUUUCUCUCUCCAACCCAACAGUAACGUUCACCAUUUCCGCGCGCCAAACAUGGUCCGCGCAUCCCGAUCGCCCACUCACGAUCUGCACCCGCCACACUCCACUUGAUAUGGAAGUGCCCGGGCGAAAUUGGACUGGCGACUUCUUUUCCUGGUGGAUCGCUAGCUUGGAGAAAGGGUCAUGGAAACCACUAAACUGGAUGCCGCCAGCGACUAUACGUUGCUCCAAGCAGCCUUCGAAGGAAGACUGGCAGCAAAUACUGGGCUUUGUCACGAUUCCCUCACUGGAGUCUGGCCAGGUAUACACCGUCGACCGCGAAUUGGAUAUCUCGUCUCUCCCAGAAGAGCACACCCUGACGCUAUCCAAAGGGGAGACUGUCCAUUUUCGACUUGAAGGCAACAACUUUAGACGUUCACCCGGCAUUGAAUGGUGGAAUUGGGGAGAUCUCAAUCCCGACUUCAAAGGGAAGAAGUUGGGGUAUCGGGGCGAUCCUUGGUUGAAUGACAAAGAUCGCGAGGAAGAGAGGAAGCUCUUACCUCCCGAUCUGGUCUUGGGGUAUGAGAAUUGGAGAGAUCCCGAAGAUGAUGACGGCAAUGAGAUGGUCUGGUUAGAGAUGGAAUUUGAUGAAACGCCGAUGUGCUGUCAGGUUGUGGAGUAGUGUCAUUAGGAUAGGUUUGGUUUGUGCAGAGUGCAGGUUCAUGAACUGUGUCUUUGAAUCGUCCUAUCCGACUCAGAACCUUUCAUAUUCUUCGAUGUACAGCAAUAUAUAUGUAUCAAACUG